GCUGUAUUCACUGAAUUCAGUUUCUUUGGAAUGUUUUCUUUCAAACUGAAUGUUUAAUAAAUUUAAAUCAUUAUGUUUACAUGGCAUAUUUUACAUAGUUGGAUAUUUUUCCAAAAUUUAGCGUUUAUAUGUGUUUACGGUUCCGGAUAUGUCGAGGUACGGUUGAUCUCGUACAAAAGCAAAAAUGGAACAAACAAUGUUGGUAAAUGCUGUGACACAAAGGGACCAACUGGUUGCGAUCCCUGUGAUCCUUACAUCCAGAUAUAUUUAAGUCAGGGAAAAUCGGGAGUCAAUUUGUCAAACAUUGUGACAACGGGCGUCUACAAUAAUACAAAUAGCAUUUCCUUUGGAAACACCACUGGAAAGCUCAGCAACCCUUUCAAGUUAACAUUCGCGAAUUUUACUAACAAGCUUGACCUCACAUUAAUAGCAUGGGAUGCAGAUAAGUUUGAUAGCACCAACAAGUCAAGCGACCGACUUGAAGAGCUUCUUUUCAACGUAGGUCAAGGUGAACCCUCGCCUUUUUAUACCCGUCCGAAAUUCGUAACCAAGGUGAUCGACGGAAAUGCUGUUGUACUGACAUUUGAAUACAGGAUAUCAUGUAGCAAGAACUUCUACGGUAACUGCAAUAAAUAUUGCAAACAGAAGGCCGGUCAAUACAACUGUAGCAGAUCUGGUAACAAGGUUUGCGAGCUAGGUUGGAGUGGGUACGAAUGUGAUACUGGCCCCUGCAAUAAUAGUAAAUGUGUACAUAAUUCAACAUGUUCACCCGAUCUGUCAGGCGGGUACAAGUGCAACUGUCUACCUGCUUAUUCAGGAGUAUUUUGUGACACAAGAAUACCAGUUUCUUCUGCAGCAGGGCUUUCGACGUGGACACCGUUAAAUCCUUCAUCAAAAAUACCAAAUAUAUUAACUACUAUGGGCAAUUCUUCCAUCCGCCAAGAAGCUAAAAGUAGUUCAUCAAGCAUGCUUGGGGUUAUUGUUGGCUGCUCUGUUGCCGCUGUUUUCCUGAUAGUCACACUGCUGGCUCUGAUAACAAGAUUUUGGUUGAAAAAGAAACAGAACAAGACUGACAGCACUCAACAGAACAACAAAACGGACAGUACUCUUGCUUAGAGCAGUGCCUGAAAUCUUCAUUACUACAGACAAACGCUUCUCAUAGUUUUCCCGCGAAAAAAUAUUGCGCAAGCUGGUGUAUUGACGUGGGGCGAUUUGUCAGUUUUCCCUAUGGACAUGUUAAUUGCAAUGUGUUGUACAAAAAUGUUAUCUUUUAUUUUAGUAUGAUGAAUUGCAAUCUACAUUCUAUCAUAUUAAUUAAGUAAAUUUAUCAACUGUUGAAAAUUGCUUAAAUAGGAAAAGAAUGGAGGAAACUUGAAUCAAAAUAUCCGAAACUGUCACGAAAGAUAGAAACUACUUCAGAACACAUCCGUAAAUAGCAUGUAUAUCAUAAGCCAGGCUUUUCUGUUCUUGUUCUGUAUAAAAUUCUUACAAGUAUUACUUACAAGUGCGAACCAGUUCUUUUUUCUAACCUACGUAUCGUUGGUUGUAGGGAAACUAUUUUAACGAAACUAUAUACUAGUAUAGAUAAAGUUAAAUAUAUAGUGUUUAGACCAUCCUUUUAAUGUUUAUUUAUAAAGUUUUGUUUGUUAAAUUUUGAAUCACACCGACACAAUUAAAGUUAUACGGGAACUUUUCUAGCUUGUACUAGUAGAUGAAGACUCCGAUUCAUAACCAGCGAUCUUAACCACUCGGACACGAGAGCCCUUGCUAUUUCAAAAGAAAUGCAAUCAAUGAAAUUCGCACUACACCCCUAUCCUGCGCUUUUACACCAAGUUCUCAUAGG